AUGAACAUCGGAACCAUCGGCCACGUCGAUCAUGGUAAAACCACCCUCACUGCCGCCAUCACAAAGGUCAUGGCUGAUGAAGGAAGAGCUGAGUUCAAGGCCUACGACGCCAUUGACAAGGCACCAGAAGAGAAGAAGCGUGGCAUCACCAUCAACCAAUCGCAUGUGGAGUACGAAACAGACAAGAGGCACUACGGCCAUGUUGACUGUCCUGGGCAUGCAGAUUAUGUGAAAAACAUGAUCACAGGAGCUGCACAGAUGGACGGUGCGAUCCUAGUGGUCUCAGGCUACGACGGCCCUAUGCCUCAGACACGCGAGCACAUUCUGCUGGCCAGGCAAGUUGGCGUGUUUGGGAGCUCAGAGCUCCGCGCCUCCGGCGCGUCCGAUGGUCCUGAGGAGGCCGCGGAGCUCCGGAGGGCACUGGCCGAACAGACAGGCAUCCCCGCCAGCUCCAUUGGCCUCAACGUCUUGCCACGUUUGCCGGGUGGGCCACAGAACGCUGUGAAGCCGGUCUCUGGUCAGAGCUUGUUGGGCUUUCUGGAGCAAAGCUGCCGUGAGGACCAUGGCGUUUUUCAGCUGCGAGCCUCCUUCGAUCACGUGAGCCAUGAGUCCUACGUACAGGUGCGAGUGGCCUUCCCAGGGACAGCCACCUCCAAAGCUGCAGCCAACAGCAGUGAGGCAGAGCCACCACCCAUCGUCAUCGAGCAGUUCGAACUGGAGGAGAAAAGCAAUGUGGCUGCUCUGAAGAAGUUGAUCCAUGGCCGAUCCAAGUUCCCAUUGGAUCAGAUCGUCCUUCUCUUGGGCUGCCGAAGGCUACACGAGGAGCUUCCGAUGGGCCGUGUGGCGGCCGCGGCAGAAGCAUCAGGGUCUCCACUGCAGCUUCACCUGGCAGUCAAGGGGGCAUUGGCCUUCUUGAGGCGUGAGGGUCAGGGACAUCGUGAGCGUCAAGACGAUGCUGAAGAGAUGUGUGAAGAGCCGGAGACAUUGAAGCUGAUCCUUCCGAGAUGCGUUCGAGGUUGCCGAGAGCGCCUCAUGCCAUUUAAUUUGCAGCAAAGCCUUAGCGACUUGCGCUGGUCAGUGCAAAGCAUUUGUGGCCUCUCUCCUGCACGGAUGAGACUUCUGCUCGAUGGUGAUUUCGAUUUGUCCUGCGAGGAUGAGACGAGCUCCUUGGAGAGUUUGGGCUUCAAAGAUGGAUGCCGUCUUCUCGUGGAACAAGCGUGUGCGGAUGCCGUGAGUGAUUUCGAUAUGCCUGUGGAUAUCCCAUCCACCGGCCCAGCCAGUUCGGUCUAUGAGGCCGCAGCCACAAAGCUUGGCAUGGCGGACUCUUCCAAGCUAUCCCUCUUCGCAGGAACCGAGCUGAUCAAUCGCCAUGCCGACCUCUCACUGGCACCCAUCGCCGAUGGGGUCGUCCUCUCUGCAUACUGCAACUGGCCACUGAAGUUGCCUGUGGCAGUACUUCAGUCAGGAAAGACUCAAGCAGAAGCAGACUUGGGGCUUCCAGGCCAAGUGACGGUCCGCAGCUGCGACACCGUGGCCGAAGUGCGUUUGAGGCUUCUGGCCGCGUGCGGUGCGGAGGCGCGGGCGGAGGCCGAGGCGGCGCUCGAGGGAAGCUUGGCACUGGCAGUGGAUAGCGAGCUUUGGCAACGAGAGGGCGCCAGCAUACAGAGCUUGGCUUCUUUGGAGGUUUUGUUGGGCCACUUUACCCCAUGCCCAGAGACAGCUAGACUCUCUCGCUUGGGCAUGGCCGAUGGCGGCUGCCAUUUGAUCUUUGUCACGAAGCGCAUUUUGUCCGUUGAGGUUCAGGUCCACCUGGCUGAAGAGUUCAAAGGCGUCCGUUUGCUUCGCGUGCCGAGCACCCUUCGUCUCUCCGAGCUGUCGGCCAUGUUGAUCCGCAGCCUGCGGCAAAAUGCUUUGGCAGACCUCUCCCCAAGCGAGUUCGCACAGUGCUCAUGGAGGCUCUACAAGCCGGACGAUCUUCCCAGAUCUUCGAGCAUGUCCUCGCAAUCAUCCUUUGGCGCGGUGUCAGACGGAGUCGCAGCAGUAAUUUCCAAGGUGAAAAGGAAGUCUUUGGGCAGCAGUCCAGACUCACCUCCUCGCAAGAGUAGACGUCUGAGCGGUGCCAAAGCAGACUUGGACGACACCAUGUUCUUGGGCGACCUGCUAGCACAACAUCCCGAGCCACAAAGUCGAUAUCAGCAGUUCUUAUGCCCAAUCUCCAUGGACAUCAUGCAAGAUCCCGUGGUGGUCGGCGGAAGCGGCAACACCUAUGAUCGCAAGUCCAUCGAGAAGCAUUUCCAACAUUGCCAUCGCGACCCACUGAACAACAUGGAGCUUCGACGCCCUCAAGACAGGAGGCUCAUUCCCAACAACCAACUCCGCAGUCAGAUUCGCGAAGCAGAAAUCUCUCGAGUGCAGCUGCGGCUUUCAGCUCAUUUGGCCGAACAGCGAAGCUUUUCGAGUGAUGCUCCCAUGGCAGCAUACCUUGGAUGGUGUGCAUCGCUUCUGAGAGGCUCUUGA